AUGCCUGUCAAGCACAUCUACCUUGUCCGCCAUGGAGAGACAGAUUUCAACACGGACCCCGAGCCCCGCAUCAGAGGCCACGUUCCCAAUCCACUGAACGAAAUAGGGCGCCUCCAUGCCAAGGAGGCCAGCGCCGCAUUGAAGGACGUGAAAUUUGAUGCCAUCUUUUACAGUAGAAUUCCCCGUGCCAAGGAAACGGCCGAGGCCAUUCGAGCCAAUCAGCCCCAAGCUCGUUUUGAGGAGGAGCCCCUUGUUUGUGAUAUCUCUUGGGGCGACUGGGAGGGAAAGACGUACCUCGAGGCCUUUGGGACGCCCGAGCGCGUGCAUCUCUUUAAGACAGACCCUGCGCGCCUCGAGAUACCAAAUGGAGAAAGCUUCUACUCCGUUCUGGCGCGCCUCGAGGCCCUGGUCCACAAGCUUGAGCGCAGCACCGACGAGACCAUCUGCAUUGUGUCUCAUGGUGCCGUGCUCAACCUUUUCAUGUGCUUGAUCACCUCCGCCCCGCUGUCGAAGUUUUGGAUGUUCUAUGGCGAUGCAUGCUCCAUUUCGCAAGUGGAUAUGCACGACCCUUCGACGUUCCACAUCCGCUCAUACAACGAGACCCGUCACCUGUCUAAGAGUCUCCCUAGUAAAUAG